AUGAGCCUGGAGCACGUAAGGAUCCCUUUUCCGCCCUCCCCGACAUUCCUGACGGUGGGAUCCACGACGCUGCAGGAUCCCCGUCCUUCGGAUACUCUACUGCAGGAACUAAGGGCGCAGCUCAGUGCCUUCACGAGUCAGCAUCUGCGGGAGAGCGUGAACGCGUCGAGGGCCCUUCAAGAGCUCCUCAGCGGAAGGACAGGACUGGACGCCGAGGUCGGGAGGAUGGGUGGCGCAGCCAGAGAUCUUGAGGGUCACAGGGGUCGGCGGCAGAUCGUGACCCCUGACCUGGGGGCGCUGCAGUCGGGCUACACGAGGUUCUUCGGGGGGAACAACAGGAGACACCACACGUCAUCGUCCAAGAAGAGGAAGAAGAAGAAGAAGAAAAACCCCGGCGAGGACGACAUGCCCAUCGUGCUGGUGCCGGAGGAGAGCGCCGCCGAGUGCGUGUCCAACAACCAGCUCUCCUCCUUCGGCUUCCUCGGCUUCGUGCUCAAUGUGGUCAACGCCGUCAUCAACGUGGCCAACAACCUCAACAACAACGACAACAGCAACAACGACAACGACAACAACAACAACAACAACGACGGCAACACGAACCAGGUGGCGAUCACGGAGACGGCCACCAACGACAACCCUCCGGUCAUGGCGAUUGCCGGGCGCCGCGUCCAGCGCCUCAAGAUGAUGCGGACGGCCCUCAGCUCGCACCUGCGGAGCGUCCGCAACUACAGGACGCGGAAUCGAAGGUCUGGGACGUCCUCCUCGAGAUCCUGCAUCGGAGGAGGGGGCAGAGACGACGACGGCGACGGCGAAGGAGGAAGCGGCUCCGACGUGGUGGACGAGGCGCUGGUGGCCGCCGUGGCGCUGAUGGACAUGUGGAAGGAGGUGCUGUUCGAGGAGGACCCGGUGUGCAUGGCGCUCGAGUUCUGCGACGCGGCGGGGAAGCUCGGGCGGGUCUCGCGGCUGGCGGGCAUGAUGGCGCAGGUGGCCGCCGUCGCCGCUGCGAACAUGCUGCAGAAUUUCCAGGGCGUCAACCCAGACUACCUGAUCAAAGCUUCUGAAGCAGGCGCCGAGGGAGAGAACUGCGCCCUUGUAUACAGUGCAUGCUAUCUACAGGAGGAUGAAGAUUUUGGACGCGUCGUGUAG